CUGUGCUGUGUGGUCCACAAUCCACAUGCCUUCAAAACAUCAAGUAUCCGGAUCAAGCCAGGAUAUCAGCCUGAUCCAAGCACACGUUGAAAGAAAGCUUUUCAAACCAGGUCACGUCAUCAUCCUCAACUCGUAUUAGUCCUGACCAUGAAGUUCCAAUGGCAUCCAUUGGGAUCGUCGAGACGGGUGUUUUGUAUGAAUGAGCACAAGGAUGAUGAACACUUUGAGUUCUUAAUGACGGAUGGGAAAACGUGCUUCAAGGAAACGCUGACGGCCGAAGAGGUCCGAUCUCGAAAUGGCCGUCUCAAUCCCGCCGUCGAAGCCUCGGCUGGGGAUUUGAUCCCGGAGAUUGUGCAAAUCUUGUCCAAGAACACAACCUCGCUGGACUUACUACCCUCCGAGCUUCUUCAACGGGAUGAUGAUGAGGAUGGUAUUGAUCCAGUAUUAAAGAUCCGCGGCAAGUUGUACAACUAUGAUUUUCAAUGGCAUUUCGACUUGACAGCCAUGGGCGCGGAGGAGCUCUUUGAGAUUCUAUCGUCCAGUCUCUUGAAUGUUCUCUCGGCCAUGUUCGCAAGACAAGACUUCCUGGUGGAUCUCUUGAAGAAGAAAGACCUCGAGAUUUUUGAUUACUCUCAAUCGGGAGCCACUUUAUCGCGCAAUUCUUUAAAAACGGAAAAAUUUGACCUCGCCCAUUUGAAGGAAACUGCUUUGCCCUCAACUCCCAGCUCUUUAUCUCUUUUGACUACGGAGCCAUUCCACGAUAUUCAAAAAUGUAUUGAACUGUCCGAAUCCCAUGCCGAUCAGUCCAGUGAUCCCAACCCGUCACCCAAGAUCCGGAUCAGAGGCGAAAAGGUCGGUCAAUGGAAGUACAACGACUCUGAGUCCGACUCGGACGACCACAACGCCUCAGUCAGUUCUAAACGACGCCGACCUCAACCUACCUCGGCACCUGUCAAAGUGUCUGCUAAAGCUAGUCUAGCGAAGAAACUGAAGAAAAUAUAGCGCAACUCUUGUUAUUUCCAAAUCAUGUCAGGCAAAAAAAAAAUGUAUAUACAAAGAUAAAUGUACC